GUUUUCCUCAGUGUGCCUGAGAGCUCAGGGAUUUUCUGCCCUGGUUUUUGACUUAGACUUUGGAUGGACGCUUGCUUUGUGGCUCCUGAGAUAUUUUUCCUUUGCAGAAGACAAGGCUCCUGAAAGAUCUCUGAAAGCCAAGCUGGUGGCUGCAGGGAUAAACAAAAGUCUUCUUACGUUUUAUUAAAAUUAAAUAAAAUUUUACUUCUGUUCUGCCAUGGCUGCUGUGCGUCAGAUGACCGUGGAGGCCUCUGGUUUCCACGUCCUUCCUGCCCACCUUAUGGCCACUGCCAUGGAGGAGUUCCCCCAGCAGCUACCCGUCCCCAAGGACCUAACAAAGGGCAAGAGCCGCUCCCGCCGACCUCGUGAGGCUCGUUUCAAAACCCAGCCCGUCACCUUCGCCGAGAUCGCAGAGGUGGAGGAGGAAGGCUCGUCCCCCCUGGAAGAGGAAAGGGCUCGUCGCUCCUUCUUACAGUCGUUGGAGAACCUGCGGCGGAGCACCCAGACCCUCCACUGCUCACCAGGCGCCCAUCGCAGCUGCACCCCCACACAAGCCAGCCUGGACUCCAGUGACUCGGACUCCACCCAGUGAGAUGUUUUGCACACCUGCCUCCUGGCUCUGAUGUUCCUCACUCUACCUUAAUGACAUUUCAGACGGAGGUCAACCAAACAGAACUCAAGUGUCCUUCACCCCCAGCCUGCCUGUAAACUGCUGCUGCGUUUAUC